AUGCCUCCCCCAGAUUCCAACCCCGGGAGCUUCAGGGACCACCUCAAGCACGACAACAAAAACAACAACAGCUCCACCACGUCAAAAGGCAAACAGCGCUACACACCCCUCCACGACUCCAUUCCCGAGGAAAUCGCCUCCCCCCGCUCCGCAUCCGCAUCCUCCUCCUUCGAUCUCGACCCCGACCUCGAGAACCAAAGCCGGAAUGACUACAAGCUCCGGCCCCUCGCACGCAGCAGCAGCACCAACGGCGGCCACAAUUACUCCACCGCAUACAUCCCCGUCAUCCGCGACGAGGGCGACGACGUCGAGACCUACCUCGAUAGCAUCACCGAGGCCGAGCAGGAGCUCCUCUCGCUCUCGAAGCAGUAUGACUUCGCCGACGACUCGGACGACUUCGACUCGGACGACGACGCGGCGCUGCGCCGCAAGGUGCAGAAGCAGGAGCAGAGGCGCCGACGGGAGCGACUAAAGGCCAAGGUGUGGACGCCGGUGAAGUACGCGCGCAUCUGGCGGCGGACGCUGGUCGUUGUCAUCGUUGCGCUGGCCCUGCUGGUUUGGGGAUUUUUGAGAUUUACGGCGGCGCAGAGGCAGGGGCCGAAGGUGUGGCCGAUGUUGCCGUCCGAUUCGUGGUUUCCGUCACCGAAGGGUGGGACGCUCAAGCACUGGGAGGAAAGCUACAGGAAAGCGCAGAGUCUGGUGCGGAAUAUGACUCUGAUUGAGAAGGUCAAUAUUACCACGGGGACGGGCUGGCAAAUGGGGAUGUGUGUUGGGAAUACUGGUCCCGCCGAGCUUGUCAAAUUCCCCUCGCUGUGCUUACAGGAUGGCCCUCAAGGACUUCGAUAUGCGGACCAUGUGACCGCCUUUCCGGCGGGUAUUACCACGGGGUCUACCUGGAACAGAACACUUAUGCGCGAGCGGGGCAUCGCCAUGGGACGGGAAGCUAGGUUGAAGGGAGUCAAUGUCCUGCUGGGCCCGUCGAUCGGCCCCAUUGGGAUGAUGCCCGCUGGUGGCCGUAAUUGGGAAGGUUUCGGCUCCGACCCCGUGCUUCAGGGCGUUGCGGCGGCGGAAACCAUCCGUGGCAUCCAGAGCAACGGGGUGAUGGCGACGGCGAAGCAUUUCCUGAUGAACGAGCAGGAGCACUUCCGGCAACCUUUCGAGUGGGGGAUUUCGACCGCACUGUCCUCGAAUGUCGGCGACCGUGCACUCCACGAGGUAUUCGCAUGGCCGUUUGCCGAGAGCAUUCGAGCGGAUGUGGCCAGUGUCAUGUGCUCUUACCAAAUGGUCAAUAACAGCCACGCCUGCGAGAACAGUAAACUUUUGAAUGGCAUUCUCAAGGAUGAAUUAGGCUUCCAGGGUUUUGUGCAGUCGGACUGGCUGGCCCAGCGAUCUGGCAUCAACAGCGCCCUGGGCGGUCUUGACAUGAGCAUGCCUGGAGAUGGUCUGCAUUGGACGGACGGUAAGUCGCUUUGGGGCAGGGAGUUAACCAGAGCCGUCCUCAAUACAUCGAUCCCCAUGGAGCGACUGAACGACAUGGUCACCCGGAUUGUGGCUGCAUGGUACCAAUUUGAGCAGGACGAAUGGGAACGACCGCCUCCGGAAGGCAAUGGUGGCCCGAAUUUCUCGUCCUGGACCGGCGGUGAUGUUGGUUGGCUGCACGCUGGAAGCAACGAUGGGUUGUAUGCCGUUGUCAACCAGUACAUAGAUGCUCAAGGUACAGGGCCGGAGGCACAUAGUAUCAUUGCUAGAAAGGUUGCAGCUGAGGGCACUGUCCUGCUGAAAAAUGUGGACCACACGCUGCCCCUGUCGCGUAACGCAUCGGGUCCUUCUGGGGUCAUGCGUGUUGGGAUCUACGGUGACGAUGCUGGUCCAGCUCAGGGGCCCAACGCGUGCCCUGAUCGGGGUUGUAACCAGGGGACCCUUGCUACCGGCUGGGGUAGUGGGACCGUGGACUUCCCGUACCUCGUCAGUCCGCUCGAGGCUCUGGAGACCGCAUGGAAGACGGAGGUGGAGAUGACUGCGUUUUUGCGCAAUGCCGUCAUGCCCGCAGACGUCGCGGAUAAAGAUCUCUGCCUCGUCUUUGCGAACGCAGAUUCAGGGGAAGGAUUCAUCUCCGCGGGCGGUAUCCACGGCGACCGCAACGACCUCUUCCUGCAGAAGGGAGGUGAUACACUGAUCCGUACUGUGGCGAGCCACUGUGGUGAGGGGCAAGGGAAGACGGUGGUCGUGAUACACGCGGUCGGUCCCGUCGUCAUGGAGUCGUGGAUCGACCUCCCGGGCGUGCAUGCUGUCCUUCUCGCGAAUCUGCCCGGCCAGGAGAGCGGCAACGCGCUGAUGGACGUGCUCUUUGGAGACGUCGAUGCGAGCGGACGUCUGCCGUAUACCAUUGGCAAGAGCCUGGAAGAGUAUGGGACCGAAGCGCAGGUCCUGUAUGAGCCCAACGCGCCCGUGCCGCAGGUGGACCUUCUGGAUGCGCUGUUCAUUGACUACCGACACUUCGACCAAUAUAACAUCACCCCGCGCUUUGAGUUCGGGUUCGGCCUGUCGUACACCACGUUUAAACUGAAAGAUCUCCAUGUCCGGUCGCUGCAGUCGAAGUCCCGGUCGCCAGCUGCUCGACCUGCGGCUGCGGUUUCGCCGCCCGAGUACAAUACUACUCUGCCGGAUCCUGCCUUGGCGCUUUUCCCGCCUGGCUUCCAGCCUGUGUACAAGUACAUCUACCCCUACCUUCCGAGCUUGGACGGGACGGCCCCGGCCAACUACUCCUACUAUCCGAAGGAUUAUAACCAGACGCAAGGGCCCUCCCCCGCUGGAGGUGGUGCAGGCGGCAAUCCGGCGCUGUUCCAAGAAAUGGCCAGCGUCUCCGUCCAGGUGCAGAAUACCGGAGACCGCAAGGGACAGGAGGUGGUGCAGGUGUAUGUCUCGUUUCCAUCGGACGAGAAGGUGAAGAUCGAUUUCCCGGAACGCGUGUUGCGCAACUUCACCAAGGUCGAGCUGGAGCCCGGCGAGCGACGCGAGGUGCAGAUGACGCUCAGCCGCAAAGAUCUGAGUUACUGGAGCGUGCGCGAGCAGAACUGGGUGAUGCCCGACGGCGAUUUCCAGAUCUGGGUGGGACGAAGCUCGCGCGAUCUGCCGUUACAGGCGAAGUACUGA